AAAACAAGCUAAAAAAGAUCCAGAACAAAAUACAAAGAAAAAUGACCACUUUCGUCUCGAAAUCCCUGCAGAUAUAAGACGAAGCUUAAAUUUGACAACUUUAGAGAUUACCUCUCCUGAAGUAUCGAUUAAUACACCAAUCACUCAAUCUUUACAUUCGAAGUCUACUUACACUCAAUCUCUAUCUUCGAAGACUACUUCCAUUUCUUUCAGCACUACGCCAAUCACUCAAUCUUCAUCUUCGAAGAUUACUUCCAUUUCUUCUAGCACUACGCCAAUUACUCAAUCUCCGUCUUUGAAGACUACUUCCGUUUCUUCAAGCACUACAUCAAUCAUUCAUUCAGGUCCAAUCCCAAUUUGA